AGCGCGCCUCAGGUCCUUACAGCAUCUCGUUGGGAUCACUGGUUGCUGUGCAUCCAUUAUAAUGAAGCACACUGCUGUGUGCCUUGUGGCACUGGCUCUGGUAGUCAGCCUCUGCUCCGGGUACCCGAAUGUAGACCAGGAGCACCACGAUCAGCAGCAGGCUAAGCAUGUUCUCGAGAGGCCGCUCAGCUGGACCUACCCUGAAGGGCCCACGGUUCCAGUUGAACAUGUACCUGAUUUUGAGCUGAGGCACCCCGUCGCCUCAAAGACCGUCUCUGUGGAGUGCGGGGAGAGACAAGCACGAAUGGUGGUCCAGAAAGACUUCUUUGGAACAGGCCAGCUCGUCAAGCGCGCCGAUCUCACUCUGGGUCCCUGUGGUGCAGUGGGUGAGGACACUCAAGCCCAGGUGUUGAUAUUCGAGACCGAGCUGCAAGACUGUGGCAGCAUGUCACGGAUGACAGAUGAUGCUCUCAUCUACACUUUUGUGAUUGACUAUAACCCCAAAAUGCUGAGCGACUCCCCUAUUGUGAGGACCAUUGUGAGGAACAUUGAAACUGCUGUGAUUGUGGAAUGUCACUACCCAAGGCACCACAACGUCAGCAGCCUCCCACUCGACCCAAAAUGGAUACCGUUCUCCGCGGUCAGGGUUGCCGAGGAGUUUUUGUACUUCACUCUGACCCUGAGGACCGACGAUUGGAUGUACGAGAGGCCCCGUUAUCAGUACUACCUGGGAGAUAUGGUCCGUAUCGAGGCCACUGUGAGGCAGUACCACCACGUGCCUCUGCGUGUUUUUGUGGAAACCUGCACGGCUACUCUCUCGCCAGAUAUGAACUCCAACCCCAGAUACACCUUCCUUGAUCAGGGGUGUUUAGUCGACGCAAGGAUCACAGGCACAGAAUCUAGGUUCAUGCAACGCACAGCAGAGAACAUGCUCCAGUUCCAGUUUGAGGCCUUCAAGUUCCAAGGUGCCGACAGUGGGAUGCUUUACAUUACCUGCCACUUGAGAGCCACGUCGACCAGCCACGACAUUGAUGGCGACCACAGGGCUUGCUCCUACAUGAUAAACGACUGGAGGGAAUCCAGCGGCGUGGAUUCGGCAUGUGCCAAUUGUGACGCUAUUGUUGGACAACGACAAACAGGUGGCUGGGGCACCGGUGGCGGAGGCGGCUCUCAAACAGGAGGAGGUAACUCGAACACUGGUGGCGGAAGUGGCACCCAAACAGGAGGGGGUAAUUGGAACACUGGUGGCGGAAGCAACUCUCAAACAGGUGGUAGCAGCAGCGGUGGCGGCAGUGGAGGCGGCGGCAGCGCUGGCGGUGGCAGCGGAGGCGGCGGCAGCGGAGGCGGCGGCAGUGGCAAGCAAACCGGGGUUUCCUGGAUCUCCAGUGGCUCAGGAGGAACUGGCAGCACAGGCACUUCCUGGAGCACAAGCGGCGGUGGUGGCGGUGGUGGCGGUGGCGGCAGUGGCGGCAGCGGCGGUGCCGGCGGUGGAAAACCACCGGGAGGCACUGGCAGCACAGGCACUUUCUGGAGCCCUGGUAGUGGCGGCGGAAAUUCUGGAGGCAGCACAUGGCACACCAGUGGAGGUGGUGGUGGCAGUGGCGGCAGCGGCGGUGCCGGCGGUGGAAAACCACUGGGAGGCACUGGCAGCACAGGAACUUUCUGGAGCACUGGUAGUGGCGGCGGAAAUUCUGGAGGCAGCACAUGGCACACCAGUGCAGGCGGUGGUGCCAGUGGCGGCAGCAGCGGUGGCGGUGCUGGGAGUGGAAGACAACCGGGAAGCAGACAACCUGGGGUUUCCUGGCCCUCCAGUGGCUCAGGAGGAACUGGCAGCACAGGCACUUUCUGGAGCACUGGUAGUGACAGCGGAAAUUCUGUAGGAAGCACAUGGCACACCAGUGGAGGCGGCGGUGGCAGUGGUGGCAGCAGUGGAGCCGGCGGUGGAAACCAUCCGGGAGGCAAGCAACCCGGGGUUUCCUGGACCCCGAGUGGCUCAGGAGGAACUGGUAGCACAGGCACUUCCUCGAGCACUGGUGGCGGCGUAAAUCCUGGAGUCACCACAUGGCACACCAUCGGAGUGGGCGGUGGCCAAACAGGUGGCGGACAACCUCCUAAAGUUUCUUGGAACCCCAGAGGUUCUGGAAGUAGUGGCACCUCAAGCAAUUCUUGGACCAGCACCUCAACUGGUAGCAAUACCUGGAGUGGAAGGACGGGCCGUUCAGUGAAAGAACAUCCAGUUUAUGAAUGGGCAGGCGUUGUCACACUGGGUCCCUUCGAAGUUGCAGAGAAACUCGCUUAAAGUCAACAUUCCAACAUGGCGAUCGAAAUAAACAUCCUGACUGGAUCAUGGCUGACUGGAUGUUAUUGCCCGCCUAGUCAUAAUGCCUCCAUUAAAAUGACAGAAAAGAAAAAAAACAUCAAAAUUAACAUGUGUUGGAAAGUGACAAAUCUUUUUGUUUCGAAAUUGUCAUGUAUUUUGCCUUGCCGCUGUGUAAUGUUAUGAGUAUUUUUGUAUUCCCAAGUCAGGGUUUUGAAUUAAAAUAAAAUUGCAAUUGUGUGAAA